AUGGAUAUGUUAAGAAUUCGAGUGAUUAUGGAGUAUGAGUGCCAUCGUGGUAACAAAGCGGCAGCAGUGGCACGCAACAUCAACGACGUGCUUGCGAACACUACUAACGAUCAUACCACCCGUUAUUGGUUUGCUCGCUUUCGCUCCGGAAAUUUUGACGUAAGCAAUAAACCACGUGGUCGGCCGAAAAUGUUGGUCGACAAAGACGAAUUAAAAGCGAUUGUGGAGGCUAAUGAUUCUCAAACUACAGCUGAAUUAGCAGCAGCUUUCGAAGUUCGCACUAAAACAAUAUUGGUCCAUUCGCAUCUAACAGGCAAGGUAAAGAAGCUCGACAAUUGGGUGCCUCAGGAAUUGAAUUAA